GCGUGACGUCAUUUAUGGGCGGCCCCUCGACAUGGCAAAACAAUCUGGCAGGUCCAUCUCCUGGAAGAGACUCAUAAGACUUUAGUGAGGAUAGACACACAAAAUAAGUCUCCUAAAUCCACGCCACAGCGACCAUCGUGCACUCGGGGCCUGUUCAGAAAAAGCCGUGCCCUAGCACAUCUUAUUUUUUUUUAAAAGAGCUUUAUAGCUCAUCGGAUUCCUACAGCAAUAAACACAUCUUCCCAUCCGGCCACGCUGUUCAGGAACCCGCUACGCAAAUCGCCGCGGACCCUGGGACGCAUUCGCCAAGCCGCCUCGUCAGGGGAUCAAUCCGCGCAAAUCGCCGCGCACCCUUAGGCGUGCCGCCCCCCCCCACCACCACCGCUCCACGCUAAUCGAGGCUGCAGCUGCCUACUCCUGGGGUCCACGAGGCCUCAACGAGGGCCCCCCACCCACCCACACCACGCUUCUAUCGCGCACCGCUCCCCUCGUGAAGUUCCCGCGUCCCUACCGAUCGCCUCGAAUCUCUUACCUCAUCAUCACCACCACCACCACCAAGCACACCCAACCACCCACCACCCCCCCCCCCUCUGCGGCCUUGUUUUCAUACGCGCGAGGAGGCGAGGCUCCCGGCAGUGUCGCUAGGCCAGAGCGGCGAUUUCGCGGGGGAGCUCCCGUCCGACGACUCGUGCAAAGCCUCAAAGCCUGCUUGCAGCAAGGCACCGCGCCCCGCCACUCCCCCGCGCGCCGAUGGCGGCGCUCUGCGCGGAGGCGGUGCUGGACCCGCGCGAGGACUUCCCGGCGUGGCUCGGCGCGCACGGCGUGAGCGCUCGCGUGCUCGAGGCGGUCGAGGCCGAGCUCGGCAUCGGCGACUACGAGGCGCUGCUGGCGUGCGCCGCCCAGGCGCCCGUGCGCGCCGAGCUUCUCGCCGCCGCCAAGGAGCGACUGCCCUUCGCCUUCUACGCCGCCCUGCGGCGCGUCGCCGAGCAGGUGGGGCGCGGCGCCGGCGGUUGCGGCGGAGGCGCCGGCGGUUGCGGCGGAGGGCACCACGACGGGCCGUCGGACGUGCUGGCGCUGCACCCGUUCCUCGGCUCGCUGCUCGACACCAUCGUCCACAUGCUGAGCAACCUGAGCCGCGAGCUGUCGCAUUCGGCCGAGCGGUUCCGCCUCCUGGACGCGGCGACGUUCUACGGGCACGGCGCCGACGAGGACCGGGACGUGCGGCUGUCCUCGCCGGGCCACAGCGUGCAGGACGGCGACGGCUACGGAGAGGACGCGGCGGAGGCGUCGGCCCUGGACAUGGACGAGGACGGCGCGGCCCCCGACGGCACGGCGGUGGUGCGGUGGUCACGCGGCGUCAGCUCGGCGGGCCUCCACGACGGUGCCCUCGAGCCACCCGAUGCCCACGUGGCCGCGGUGGGACCGGCCGCGAUUGGAGCUGGCGAGGCCGAAGCGGACGACGCGGCGGGGGUGGCGGAAGCUUGGAGGGCGGCGAGUGUGAAGACCGAGCCGCUCCACGAAGGGGAGAAGGCCGGCGCCGCCGAGGGCAGCCUGGCGUGCGAGCUGGACGAAGCCAGCGCCUUCUGCCAGGGGGCGGUGGAGACGCAAGACGACGAGGACUACGACAACGACGACAUUGACGACAACGACGAAGGCGGCGGAGGCGGAGGAGGAGGAGGAGCGACGCCGGGCCGAGCCCCCCGCUGGGGGAGCCUCGAGCGGGGCGCCAGCUGGGCGGACCGGGGGCACGAACCGCCCGAUAGGUGGCCGGGAAAUUUCCACCCUCCGCUGCCGAAGUUGGAAAGCUCCGAAGGUCACGGGAGCGACGGCGCUUACGCUCAGCAGCACCGGCACAGCUCGCCGCCACCGCCAUGCAGCUGGCAAACGGGCGACGUGAGCGCCGCACCUAGACUCGAUCCUACCGAGCGGUCCAGGGGGCAGCAGCAGCAGCAGCAGCUCCCAGCGGAACGCUUCGUUAGGAGCGACGUGGAGUGCGAGGGGCUGGCGUGCCGGGCUGCGUACGCGCACGUGUACGGCGAUGACGACGUCGUAGUCGUCACGGACGAGCAGCUGGCGCACGGAGGCGGCGGCAAUAGCCCCCGCGUGUGCCCCGACUGCGGCAUGAGCUUCCGCACGCCCAGCAAGCUGUGCCGCCACAGGCAGAGCCGGCACAGCGAGCAGAAGCCGUACGUGUGCGACGAGUGCGGCAAGAGGUUUUCGCUCAUCCACAACCUCAACCAGCACCGCCGCAUCCACUCCGGGGAGAAGCCCUUCGUUUGCGAGGAGUGUGGCAUGACCUUCGGGCGCAAGUACCACCUGCACCGGCACAAAAAGACGCACUCCAUCCACUGACGCUUGGCCGCGGGGGCGGCGACUUGGAAUGAUGUCCUGGGGAGGAAUACGCUUCCACUUCUUGCCCGUGUGACGAGCGGCGGCGGCGGCGGCGAUGAUUAUUCCGAAGAUGUUCCACUUGGCACGAUCGAGCUGCGUCGUGGGGGGGGUGGGGUUAUGCCGAGCCAGGGACGACGCAACGUUGCGAUUCCGCGGCAGGAGCCGUGCCGUGCCGUGCACGCCAACGUGCAAAGAACGAGUCGGGAUGCAAAGCGCACGGUGUCUCGUAUUGAAGAUGACUCGGAGGAGACGCCGUGUCUCUUCAGUGCAGUGUACCUAAGGGGAACAUUACCGUAUCAGCUGUCCCCCCCGCCCCGCCCCGAGCCAGAUUCAAACGUCUUGUGUGAAGCCAGCGUGAAUCACCGAAAACCGUCAAUGGGGAAAACCACCCGUGCCACCUACACCUGGACUUUCCCACACUUUCUCGGACGUCCUGAGAUGUUCCCUUGCCCUUCGGGGGAUGGCUUGCUCAGGGUGGAGGAGUGUUUUGGUGGCUCCCCACCCCCACCCCACUCUCACCCCUCUUGACACAAGGUGGAAAAACUUAAUACCAGGAGGUAGAUAAUACUUUUUAUUUUUAAUCACAAAAUUCCAAGUCGUGAAUGCUGCCGUUCGUAAUAAAAUGCGGAAUACAUUUAAAAACA